AUGCAGCCGCCCAGCGGGAGCGCCCCAGUUUUCACCCCCCCUGGUCUCUGCCAGUUGUGCCAUUUACCGUGUCUCUCUCUCCUCGUCCGAGGAAAGCGGCGCUUGCCUGUUUGCCUGCCUGCCUGCCCAGACCUCCUAUCCUUUCUUUCUUCGUCUCCAUCAUCACCCGUCAGUCUGGCUCAUUGUCCCAUCGGCAACGCAUCGCGCAACGCUUGCACCAUCAGUUUGCCCGUCGUCUCGGUCAUGUCCGAGAUUCCACAGUCAAACUUCCCGAUUGUGCGGUUUCUCAACGCACCAGACAUGUCCCUCGACCACGCACAGACUGUAACAGCAGCAAACAAGCCCAUCCUGGCUCGUCUUGACAUAGUGGCCAUCACAAUUGAUGAGUCUCGCAGCCCAGUCUUGCGACCCCCUGGCCGCAAUUUUACGGUCAAGGCCAAUCCCCUUCGGGCGCCGCCGCCGCACGCCUUCUCCCCCAAUUAUCGUCCGGCCCUGCAUGACAUGCGUUACGGGCUCGGUCCGCCCACAUAG